AUGGCUGACCAGCGACUGACGCACGGCGUGUCCGUGGCAGCUGUGCGGCGGUUUCUGGGUGAUCUGCAGCGCGAGUUCCCCGACACGUACGCUGAGAUGACCACGGAGGAUGCCUGCAAGCAGCUGGUUGUGCCACGCACACGCCAGGACAACUGCGCCUUCGUCGAGCAGCUGCGCAAGCAGUCGCCAGAGCACGUGAACAAGGCCACCGUCUUUGUGUCACACGCAUGGCGGUACAAGAUCGCAGACGUGCUCAACGUCUUGCUGGAGUUUGCGGAGGAGCAAGCAAGGAAGGAAGACGCCCAGCCGGUGUUCUUCUGGUUUGACCUCUUUAUGAACAACCAAAACGCCAACGUCACGGCCAACCUCCCACAAGAGUGGUGGAGUACCACGUUCAAGCAGUCGAUUGCCAACAUUGGCCAUGUGCUGCUGGUGCUCAUGCCGUGGCGAGACCCCGUUCCCUUGACCCGCGCGUGGUGCUUGUGGGAGAUCUUCUGUGGCAUCAGCAACGAAGGCACAGAGGUCACCAUCCAACUGCCCAACAGCGAGGAGUUAGAACUGGUCCUAGCGAUCGCGCGUGACUAUCAAGCCGUCACAGACACGCUGGUGCGCGUUCAGGCACAAAGAGCCGACGCCUUUAACCCCCAUGACAAACACAUGAUUUUCACGGCGAUCGAGUUGUGGGCGGGUGGCUUCAGCGCAGUCAACCAAGCCGUGAAGGACCAGCUGCGCGCGUGGUGCCUGCAAAAGGCGGUGGGCGCCGUCGAAGCCAUGCGGGCACAAGGCGAGGACAGCACUGACGCCUUCGCGGGGCUGUGCCUCAACGUUGGGGCGGUGCUGAGCGACUUUGGCGAGCACGACAGGGCAAUCGCCUACUUUGAGACAGCCCUAGCAAUUCGGCUACGCACCGAGGGGGAGAAAGGGGGGAACGUGGCGGUGCUGUACAACAACCUCGGCAACGCGUACUUCAGCAAGGGCGCGUACGACAGAGCCAUCCACUACUACGACAAGGCGCUCGCCAUCAAGGUGGAGACGCUGGGCGAGAAGCACCCGAGCACAGCUGAGACCUACAACAACCUCGGCAACGCCUACGCCCGCAAGGGCGACUACGAUAAGGCGAUUGAGCUGUACGAGAAGGCGCUCGCCAUCAAGGUGGAGACGCUGGGCGAGAAGCACCCGAGCACAGCUGAGACCUACAACAACCUCGGCAGCGCCUACGCCAGCAAGGGCGACUACGACAGAGCGAUUGCGUUUUACGAGAAGGACCUCGCCAUCACGGUGGAGACGCUGGGCGAGAAGCACCCGAGCACAGCCGACACAUACAACAACCUUGGCAACGCCUACUACAGCAAGGGCGCGUACGACAGAGCCAUCCACUUUUACGAGAAGGCGCUCGCCAUCACGGCGGAAGCGUUGGGCGAGAAGCACCCGAGCACGGCACAGACGUACAACAACCUCGGCAUCGCCUACAAGAACAAGGGCGAGUACGACAGAGCGAUUGCGUUUUAUGAGCAGGCGCUCGCCAUCACGGUGGAGGUGCUGGGCAAGAAGCACCCGAGCACAGCACAGACGUACAACAACCUCGGCAACGCAUACAAGAACAAGGGCGACUACGGUAAGGCGAUUGAGUGCUAUGAGAAGGCGAGGGCGGUCUACGUGGAGGCGUUGGGCGAGAAGCACCCGUACACAGCGAUGACGCUUGCGAACAUUGGCCUGCUGCACGACAAGCGCGGCGAAAAGGAGCAGGCUUGCGCCUACACGCAGCAGGCGCUCGACGCUUUCACAACCACGCUUGGGCCAGACCACCCAAACACCCGCAAGGCGGAGCGCAACCUGCGGCGCAUUCGCGGUGGUGCUGUGACCAGGCAGCACACAUCCAGGCAACACGUGUCAGAGUCUCGACUUCAGCAGCAACACGUGCUUGCUCAUCGCAACCUUCUUCUUCGGUUCAUCUCUUCUGCUGUUGUGUACCAGUCGUCUGCUCCACAACGCAACCUGCUCAUGCGAUUUCUCGGUGCAGUUGCACAUGCUGAUGUUGACGCAAGACGCCCAGCACACACAGGCAGCGACGAUGAAGACAAGAAGACAGGGACUGGGCGAGAUGCUCCUCGUGGCUGCUCUGUACCAGCAAGAGCGUUGUACAAGGACGCUUGCGAGUGCCCCGGUGAGCCACUGAUCGGCUGGUUGCGGAAGCGUGGGCGACGGAGGGCCGCCUUUCGCCCGUGCUGGUGCAAGCUUGAUGACGACGGCCACCUCGCGUACGGCAAGUCCGCUUCAGGCACGUCCAAGCGACGCAUCCCCUUUUCCAGCGUGCUGUCAGCUGAGCUCGCCCAUGGUGGCGAGGAGAUGCACGUUGCCGUUCCCGGCCGCACCUUCGUCUUCCGCCUGGACGCGCGCUCUGACACCUCGCUGGCUGACUGGUGCACCGCCAUCAACAGCCGCAUCAACGCCACCACUUGA